AUGUCAGGAAAUUCGAUUCUUUUCCAAAUUACAGAAAAUCCAAGAGAUCUCACAAACUUGUACUUUGACCCUCAGCUUCACUAUUGGAUGGUAAAUUUCCCACAAAGGCGAUUGACUUUUGUGUGUGAAUCCUGUGGCAUUGCUCUUAAUCAAAAUUCACAUGAUUUUCUAAAUCAGCAAAUACUUAGUAGCUAUCUUGAUCUGAUUUUUGAUGAAAACGUGAUAAAAAUCGCUAUGAAAGACCCCAAUUCGCAGUGCUUACUAGAUAUUUCUAAUUUAAAAAGCACGACUUUUGAGCUGAUAUCUUUAAGCAUAGGCGGAUUUAGCUGCUCAAUAGGGAUUACAAAUGGUGAGCUAAAAUUUUAUACAAUUAUUGAUGGCGAAAUUUUAAGUGAGCGCAGCUGCUUGGCUAACAAUAUUAUUAUAGAAGAUUGAACCUUAAAACAAUCCCUAGAGUAUUGGCACUCUGAAAAAAUGCUUGAUGCUCGUCAAGAGGGUGAGACUAUCAUUCUCUCAAUAAAAUGCAAAGAUCGCCCUGUGCAGCUUUUAGAACAAAUAGAUGAAAGAAUUGAAGCUGAAAUAAAGAAUUCUGAGAGCCAAAGCCUGAAUAGAGUCCAAAUGCUUCCUCAGAUUGAAAAAAGAUCAAUGGACAUGGUGUUUAAUCACCUUACCCAAAACGGAGGAAGGUUCACAAUUGAAAGCCAAGGGUGUCAGACCUUAACGGACGCCUAUGGCAACAUUAUUAGUAUAGAAGACCCUGAUACGGUAAUUUCUUACCAAAAUCUUGAAGUCAUAGCCUAUAAUUACAAAUGCAAAUUGCAAGUUGUGAGGCACAAGUUUGAAAUGAAAGAAAAAGAAAUUAGUGAUAACUAUGGAAGAAUUUAUGAAUUGAAAGAAUUUGAAAUGGAAAACGCAAUUAAGAUCAAAAAUGCUGAAAGCCAGGCAGAAAUAGAACAUACUGAAAAUAAGUAUCGUCACGAGUUUGAUAUGCUGAAGCUCUCCCAUAAGAGAGACAUUAAACACAUGAGAAAACAGCAGACUAUACAAGAAAAUCAGCUAUUAAACGAUUACGAAAGGGAAAAAAGAAACACCAACAGAGAUGUUGAACUUAAAAAAAGCCAAUAUACAAAUGAGGCGUCCACCUUGAGAGAAAAAAACAUGAUAGCCCAGAAAAACAUGAUUAAUAUGGUGAAUCAAACCAAGCUAGAGUGUCUGAAGAGGAUUGCCAACUUUAAGCUCGCUGAGCAGCAAGAAAUCAACAGGACGAACAUUAAUAUUACCAAACUGAAGCAGGAUCAUGAACUGAGGCUAACUAGAGAAAGAAAUCAAAGAGAAGUUAAUAAUACAAAAUCAAAAUGGAGUUUUCUUCCUAGAUUCUCCGUUUUUUAA